UAUGGAUAAAUGUACAUUUAGAGUAGCAUUUAGAGCUAAAUGCUCUAAAUGUGCUUUUACGCGUAAGCAAAAACGGCCCAUAAGUCAACUGCCUCGUGGAGCACAUAAUGCAAUGAGUAAUAUACUUCAGCAUACCGUCAGCAUCAAAAAAACUUAAGUUCGAGAAAUCGCACUGCCUAAGUAAACUUGUUAAGCUCUCAGGGUUAUAGCUCUCCCAGGAUAUUACUUCUAUCUCCUUAGACAUGGACAUGGACUAAAAUACAGCGGCUCCGCUGGCUUGGUCAUGUCGUUCGAAUGGACACCGACGCUGCUGGUAACAGAAGAAGAGGAAAGCCCCCACUGAGUUGGAAAGACCAGGGGGUCUACUAUGUAAUGCGAUGCGAAUGUAAAAAUUUAGGCCUUUUAUGUUUCCCUUUCGCAUUGGCAGCACUGUGUAUUGCGAUAGCGAGUGUCAAACGGUAGUUUCAUCCGCAUUUUUACUGCUACAACUGAGAAGCAUUCGCAACGUUUAAAAACGUAAGUUUAAAAUGCAAAUUGUAUACUUUUAUAGCUGAAAUUUCAUAAAAAAUAUAUAGGGAAAGUACGAAAACGAAACAAAAGCAGAAAAAACCAUUCGAAAUCCUCGUAGAUUUCAUGGUAACUCAUCCGGAAUUGGCCAAGGGGUUGAUGAAGACGCCAAACGCUAAAACCGUGUCCACCAAUCUAUGGAAACGAGUUACUUCGCAGCUAAAUGCAGCUGGCCUACCGAUGCGCGACAUGGUCGGUUGGAAAAAAUUUUGGGCUGACUACAAACUACAUUUGAAGGCCAAACUGCGUCGAAACAAAACAAAUAUUUCGGGUACAGACGGUGGACCUUCUACUUAUACCCAGCUCACACAAUUGGAGCAGCAAGUGAGUGAGUGGCUAUCAAUGGAACAGUCGGUGAGCGGUGUAACAGGCGCAAGGGAGUUUGGUAUAGCGCAAACCGUGACCGAAAUACCAAUUGAAUGUCAUGUGGAGUCUAUAGGUGAUGCAAAUGAUUCUAUUGAAUCCAACUUGCAUGAAAAUGAGGAAGUUAUUUGCAAUAAUGUCGUACAUACUCCGCGCAAAAAGCGGAGUCUUUUAGAAAAACAAGUGGAAAACCAAAUUACUUAUCAAAAAAAACUCCACCAAUAUUUUAGGUGAAAUUAAUGGCAAUUUGAAAAAAAUAUUCAAAACAAUGAAGAAAAAUUCAAAAAUUUAAAAGAAAAAGUUGAGUCCAGCUCAAGAAAAAUUUCUCCACAAACAAAAAUUGAGACUUGAAGUAAACAAAUUAGAAAUUAAAAAGCAAAUGUUGGAUGUGGAAUUA